AACCGAAAGGCACCUUUUUUUUAUUCAAACGCAAAUAUGGGAACGCGUGACAUUUGGAAAACUUCAAACGAAUUAGAGACGGCCGGGUUCCCGAGAACUCGUCUGGUUUUCCCCCCUGGGCUCGGUGAAAAGCCAUUAGUUUUUCCCCACCGCGCCGCAGCACACGAGGGGGAAAUAAAAAAAAAAAAGAAAAGGGGAGCCUCGUCUUCAAGGACCCCUUCUCUCUGUUAACAAGAAAUGUGCAGCGGGCCCUUUGGAAAUCGGUCCUUUUUAAGCGCCCGGGCUCUUCGACGGGAGACGCCGUGAAGGCGCAAGAACAUCGCCCAACGUCUCCUCCCCGGCUUGGAAUGUGCCGCGGACGCACCGGCUUGCUCAAGUGGAGCUGCUUUCACGAUCUCCCAUUGGAGAGAUGAACGGCUUGGAAAGAGUUUAGAGGCCUUUUUAAAACAUUUAAAACCAUUCCGCCUGCCUCACUUUGUGACAUCAAACAAAUAAUUAUCAGGCAGCUUUUAUCACUCACAAAAUAAGCAACGUUCAUUUGAGGGAGUUGAAUCAUGUUGAAUCCACAUGGCAAGUACGCCUUCUCCUUGAAUUGUCUAGCUUUUGUCUGAGCUUUUAUAGCUUCACUAUCCUAUAUAUUUAUCCAAAAGCUAACCCGAUGUCUGUUGUUUGGCCCUCCUUGUUGUAGGAGCCAUGGGAAUGUCAGGAGACGGGAUGAUGAGCCCAGAUGUGAAAUUGAAAACUGAAAUGAAAGACGACAGCGGCCCGCCCAACGAGCCUCACAAACCAAAGCUGCAGGACAGUUACAGCCACAACAACAACAACAACAACAACAGCAGCAACAGCAACAGCAACAGCAGCAGCGGCGGCGGCUCCCAGCAGUGCGUCUCCCAGCCGGCCACGCCGGGCGGGGCCCUGCCCGUCCCCUCCCCCCUGUCCCCCAGCCCGGCCAGCCUGUCCUCCUACCACGGAGACGACAGCGACAGCAUCGGCAGCCCCCCCUGGCCCCUCAAGACCCCCCCCAGCCCCAAAGCCGUCACAAACUCCUCCCUCCUCGGUGGGGAGCGAAUCGCGCGGCUCUUCGAGCUGGGCGGGGAGCCGGAGAGGCGGGUGUGGGUGGAGCGAUACUUGACCUUCAUGGAGGAAAGGGGCACGCCGGUGACCCAGCUUCCCGCCGUGGGCAAGAAGCCGCUGGACCUCUGGAGGCUCUACGUGGCCGUUCGGGAGAUCGGAGGCCUCGCCAUGGUGAACAAGAACAAGAAGUGGCGCGAGCUGUCCGCCGCCCUGAACGUGGGCACGUCCAGCACCUCCGCCAGCUCGCUCAAGAAGCAGUACAUCCAGUACCUGUUCGCCCACGAGUGCAAGAUGGAGAGGGGGGAGGAGCCGCCGGCGCCGGCGGACGGCAGCGGCAGCGGGGACGGCAGGAAGCAGGUCAAGAUCCAGCCGCCCUCACCUGCGAAUUCGGGCGGCUCCCUCCAAGGCCCACAGACGCCGCAGUCCUCGGGCAGCAGCUCCACAGCGGAGGCGGCCGGAGACCUGAAACCCCCCACGCCUGCCACCACCCCGCUGGGACAGGUCACACCGCUGCCCCCCAACAGGAGCAGCGUGAGCGUGCAGGACCCCUUCUCGGAGGUGAGCGACCCGGCCUUCCAGAAGCGCGCCGCCUCCCUGGCCCCCUCGGCUCCUUACCAGCAGGGCCUCAGCAUGCCUGACAUGAUGAUGAGGAUGCAGUACGACGCCAAGGACCCCUUCGCCGGGAUGAGGAAGAUGGCGGGAUCCGAUCCCUACAUGCCGGGACAAAUGCCCCCUGGUGGCAUGCAGGAGAUGUACGGUCGACCCCCGUCGGCCUUGACCAUGAGCCAACGGGCGCAGUAUCCAUACGGGCCGGGCUACGACAGGAGACCGGACCACGUCAUGGGGAUGGAGGGGAGCAUGGGUCCGCCCGGGAGUCAGAACAACAUGGGACCUUCCAACAGCGAGAGCAGCAUGUACUCUCCCAGUCGAUACCCUCCACAGCAAAGACACGAUGGCUACAGUCAGCAGUAUCCCGGCAUGCCGUAUGGGAUGCAUCCAUCUGGGAUGUACCCUCAGCAACAGCAGGGCUACAAACGCCCCAUGGACGGCAUGUACGGCCCCCCGCCCAAGAGACACGAGAGCGACAUGUACGCCAUGCAGUACGCCAACCAGCAGCCGGACAUGUACAACCACUACGGCGGUGGGUACUCGGGACCCGAACACAGACCCGUCCAGGGACAGUUCCCUUACCCUUACCCCCGCGACCGCAUGGCCCCCCCAGCUCAGAGCCAGCACGGCAUGAUGGCGGGGGGCCCCACCCCUAACCACGCCGCCGACGGCCCCAACAUGUGGCCAUCCAGGACGGAGCUCGGCUACCCGUACCCCAACAGGCAGGGGCCGCCGUCGCAGAUGGCGGCGUACGGCCCCGUGGGGCGGGACGACGCGGACGGGCGGCCGGGCCAGGAGCAGUGGCACCGCCAGUCUCCCUACAUGUCGGCGGCGGCGGCGGCGGCGGGGGGGGGCAUGCUCCCGCUGUCCUCGCGCCAGCCGUCCUCGUACCCCAACUCUCCGUCCAUGGCCAACCACCUGUCCAGAGCGCCCAGCCCGGGGGCCUUCCAGCGCUCCAUGGACUCCAGGAUGUCCCCCAAGGCCUCGUUCAUGUCGCCCAUGAAGAUGCCCAAGCCCGGAAUGGCCAUGAUGGGACCGCAGGGCGGGGGGGGGCUCGGCCACUUUCCUCCCAACCUGAGGCGGGACCUCAACUACCCACCGGGGUCGGCGGAGGCCACCAUGCCGAUUCUGAAGCCCAGACGCAAGCUCACCUCCAAGGACACCGGAACCCCCGAGGCCUGGCGCGUGAUGAUGUCUCUGAAGUCCGGCCUGCUGGCAGAAAGCACGUGGGCCCUCGACACCAUCAACAUCCUGCUGUACGACGACAGCACCGUGGGCUCCUUCACCCUCUCACAGUUGCCGGGAUUCCUCGAGCUGAUUGUCGAGUACUUUCGCCGUUACCUCAUUGAGAUCUUUGGCAUCCUGGAGGAGUUUGAGGUGGGGACAGUGGCUCAGAAAAGCCUUUUGGACCCGGCUGCUAAACAGGAAGAGGAAACCGUCCCGGGAGAGGCCGCCGCCGCCGCCGCCUCCAACGGCCAUCCGGAACCCGAGUCAGCGCGGGCAGAAGAGGCGCGGGGGGAGCGAGCGGGCGCCGCGGCGGAGGAAGCCUCGGCGGCGCGGCCAGAGGCGGCCGAGGGAAACGGCGAGAAGGCGGAGUCCGGGUCUGUGAGCGUGACGAAGGAGGAGGAGGGGGAGGACGAGGGCCAGAACGAGGAGGACGGACGGGCAGAGGCGAAGGAGGAGGAGGGCGAGAAGGCGUCCCAGAAUGACCCGGAGGGUGUCGAGCCGAAGCUUCGCCUCAAGCAAGCCAGCAAAUACGACAAGCUCCCCAUCAAGAUCGUCCCCGCGGGGGACCUGUGCGAGGACGCGACGCGGCGCCCGGGCCACGCCACCGAGUUCACCAGCGGCUUGCUCCACUGGCAGGCCGGCGGAGGGGACUCCACGGCGCACAUCCAGACGCAGUUCGAGCCCCGCCGCGACGCCCCCCCUCCGCCCCCGGCGGCGGAGAGCGGGAGCGGGGAGGAGACGGGGGGCGGGCCGCCGGGGCACAUCACGGCCACCAUAGACGACGUCCUCUGCGCUCGGGUCGACGCCCUCUCGUACGGCCACCCCGCGCGCUCCCUGCCGUCCUACCCGUUCAGGGUGCACCGGGACGGGGGCGAGCGGGACCGCAUCACGCUGCUGGAGGACGAGCCCCGCUGCCCGGACGACGCGCCGCUCUCCGCCGCCUCCGCCUGGCAGGACGCGCUGGCCAAGCGCUGCCUGUGCGUCUCCAACAUCGUCCGGAGCCUGUCCUUCGUGCCCGGCAACGACUCGGACAUGUCGCGCCACCCGGCUCUGGUCCUCCUCCUGGGACGGCUGCUCCUGCUGCACCACCGGCACCCGGAGAGGGACCGGUCGCCCCCGGGCCGCCAGAGGGACGAGCAGAAGGAGGCGGGGCUGCCGAGCAGCGGAGAGCAGUGGCGCUGGGAGUGCCUGGCUCUGCUCAGGGAGAACGCCAUGGUCACUCUGGCCAACGUCUCGGGCCAGCUGGAUCUCGCCGCCUACCCGGACACCAUCUGCCUCCCCGUCUUGGACGGCCUGCUCCACUGGAUGGUGUGCCCGUCCGCCGAGGCGCAGGACCCCUUCCCGUCGGCGGCGCCCCACUCCCAGCUGACCCCCCAGAGGCUGGUGCUGGAGUGCCUCUGCAAGCUGAGCAUCCAGGGCGGCAAUGUGGACCUCCUGCUGGCCACGCCCCCUUUCAGCCGGCAGGAGAAGUUCUUCGCCGUGUUGGUGCGCUACGUGGGCCAGAGGAAGGCGCAGGUGUACAGGGAGAUGGCCGUGGCCGUGCUCUCCCACCUGGCGCAAGGCGACCCCACGGCGGCGCGCGCCAUAGCCACGAAGAAGGGCAGCGUGGGUAGUUUAGUGGGCUUCCUGGACGACGGGGUGAGCAUGGCGCAGUACCAGCAGAACCCUCACAGCCUGCUGCACAUGGGGCACCCACCUAUGGACCCGCCGAGCGUAAACAUGAUGUGCCGAGCAGCGAAAGGCCUGUUGGCCAUGGCGAAGGUGGAGGAGAACAAGACGGAGUUUGUGUUGUACGAAAGCCGUUUAUUAGACAUCUCCAUUUCGUCCGUGCUCAACGCCGGGGUGGUGGCUAUCAUUUGCCAAGUUCUCUUUCACCUGGGGAAAUUAUGACAAGAGGAGAGGCGGGACUCCCACCGCAGGCGCUGAGAUGCUUCUGCGGUUUCCUAUUUUUAUUUAUCAAAAUGGCAGAAAAUGUUGUUGUUGUUUUUUAAAGACAUAUCCACAAAAUAUCUCUAUAUAUGUAUAGCUUCUGGGCCCUGUUGAAAAAAAAGUGGGUUUGGCAUUUGAAAGCUCAUUUUAAUACUAAUAUUUAAUACCUGCCACUGUUGGAUUGCUGAUUUUGUUUGGCUUUUUUGUUUGUUUUUGUUUACUUUUUCAGCCAAAGCUGCCACAAGAUGUCGGUGCUGAAUUACGUGGUUCCUUUUGAGUCGAUGAGUCGUGGAGAUGUUUUUCAGUUUUAUAAACGCUAAUAUACUCAUCAACAUUUUGUCAAUGGAGAGUAUUUAUUUAAAAUGUGACUCUGUACAGUAGUUUGAACUUUUUUGCCAACAGUUUGUGGCGGGGAAAAAAAAAAUGCUGACUUUUCAAAUUGAAAUGUAUAUGUCUCCAUCGCUGGAAGAUAAAUUGUGCAAUAGGACUCUAGAGCGAGUUGUUUCCCCUUUUUUGAGAACAAGGAGAACCUUAGAAGAUGCCUGCAGUGUGUGCUUUAGGCCACGGGGAGGCAGCAUCGCACCGGCCGAUCAACACGACAGACGAGCAUCUGUUAAAUUAAGUGUCUAAUUUAUCAUAGCCUCAAUGACUUUCACGGAUGGACUUUGUGUUUCCUAAGCACUUGUGUUAUGUCUGUAUUUUUUCAUCACCCUGUAUAUAAACCGUUGUACAAUGGACGCACAUUAUUCUUUCAGUGUCGAACAAGCAUAGCAAGAGAUGGGACUUUCCUACUAUUAUAACAAAUGCUUUGAUUGUUGGUAAAAAUUUGUUAUUGUUAUUAUACAUAUUUUGUUAAUGGGGUCAAAUAUUUGAACAUGGCAGAUGUAACUGGUGUUUCAAUGUAAAAAAAAAAAAAAUCCUGUACGCAUUGUAUUAUAGCUGAGAAAACAAUCGCUUUGGUAAUCAGACGUGAAAGUGAAAGGGUAUUAAGGGCGAGGUCGCGCAAGAAAACUGAACACAUUUUUGUUCAUCACUGUCCUCCAUUCAUGUCAAUGGGCAUAUUUUUGAAUCUAGACGAUGCUCUCAAAAGAAAACGUGUGAAAAGAACCUUCAAAACGUCACGAAAGCUCAUUGUAAAAUCUGCCUUUUUUUCGUAUGACUCCAUGUCUCUCUUUUAUUCAGUAUACACAUUUAUACUCUGUGCUGCACAUGUCACAAAUAAAUGUAUGAUGAACAUCAUUAAGCACCGGAGACGUUGCAUUAUGUCCAGACAAUCCUAGGCUAAUAAAACAAAACAUCAACUGCUUA